AAUUGAAGAUGGAAUUUUAGUUUUGUGUCAACUCGCACAUAGCAGCAGCAGUAUACAACUACAACAACAGACCCCUGUGCGCACCACGUGAAGUGGCACAACAAACUUUUUCUUGCAUCCACUCACUCUCACUCUCACUCUCACUCACUAUACAUUAUGUUCAUUCAUUCCUAAAGAGAGCUACCUCAUCACAAACAACUUUUUGCUAAAAAGAAAAGGGAUGCUCCUUGUCUCCUCCUCCUAAUAAAAUUAUGCCAUUGCAACCCCCUUGUGAUCUCUCUCAUAAUUCAAUUUCAUUUCAACGCUCAUGCUUUGUAAGGUAUCAUUGUCUUUGUCCUGUCAUUCUCACCACAAUUGUACUGAAUACUAAUACUACUACUUCCCCUUUACGAUCUUAAUAAAUUGUAUCUUUCUCUCUCUUUCUCUCAUUCCACUCACCAUUAUUCUCCUCUUUCUCUAUAAACAACAGUAUAGUAACUAUAUAUGACUUAUGGGUUAGCUUAGCUUAGCUUCCUUUUAAUUGCAAAAUUAAAGAAAGGGGAAGGAGAGAAUGAAAAGGAUGGGAGUGUUCGUUCUUUGUUCAUCAAAACAAACAUACAUGUCGUUCUCAACCACCUUUGCUACUCCCAAUCAGCUUCACCACCUCCAAAGCUAGGGUUAUUCUUUUUCUUUUGUUUCUACUUUUUAAUUUUCUUGACUACUCAUCUCAUCAGAUAUGUAUUCAUCACCAAAUAGUAGUAACACUAUUCAUCACUUCAUCAAUGGCAACGAUGACCAAGUCUCCCCCUACCCUAAUAACCAACCAUUAUUAUUUCCCUCUUCUUCGUCUUCUUCUAAUGUUAGGCCUUUUUCAAUUGAAAGCAGCCCUUCUUCAAAAGAAGAACAAGCCAAUAAUAAUAAUAAUAAUUGUGCUCUUCCUCUUUCUCCUCCUCCCACUCCUUCUUUUUCUUUCUUUCAAUUCCCUUACUCUCCAUUGUUUGAAGACAAUGAGAUUUUCCUUAACGGAGAAUUUCACUUUCUUCACCACCAGUCUCUGGCACCGUCUGAUCGCAACGAUCAGGCAGGAGUAGUAAACAUGGAGGUUUCAAUCACCAACACUAACAAGAACUCAUCAGGGCAAGGCAUGACCAUCACCACCGCUGCCGCCGCCGCCGCCGCCGCUACCACCGCCCCUGUGGCUACAACCACCACCACAAGAAGAAGAUCAAGCAAGAGGGACCGGCACAGCAAGAUCAACACUGCUAGGGGACUAAGGGACAGAAGAAUGAGAUUGUCCCUUGAAGUUGCUAGAAGAUUCUUCGGUCUUCAAGAUAUGCUUGGAUUCGACAAAGCAAGCAAGACCGUUGAGUGGCUGCUCAACCAAGCGAAAGUGGAGAUCAAACAACUCGCAAGGGAGAAGAAGAAGAAUCACCAAAGCUGUAGCAGCUUCAAUGGCAAAAGCGCCUCUUCAACUUCUGAGUGCGAAGGGGUUUCGAGCUUGGACGAAGUGGCCAUAAGCGAAAAUCAAGGACACAACGAAAAACUAUUACCCACACCAACAACUACCACGAAGACGAAGAAGCGAAGGGGUAGUAACAAAGUUUCAAGGAAAAGCUCAUUCAAUCCAAUUGGUAAAGAAUCGAGGGAAAAGGCAAGGGAAAGGGCCCGGGAAAGAACAAGAGAGAAGACCAGGUUGAAGAAGCUUGCUCAUCAAGAAUCAACGGAUAAAAAUAACAAUAAUAAUGAUAAUGAUAAUAAUAAUAAGCAAUGCAACAACAACAAUCAUGAUGUGGCAACAAGUGUUAUUGGAUUGAAUCCAUUGAGUUCAUGGAACCCCUUUGAGAAUGUUGAAGAAUCUGCAGGUACUAAUAAUAACGAUAGUAAUCACCAUAGUCAUCAAGGCUUGAAUGCCCAAGCAGAAGCAGAAGAACCAAGUUCUCCGGCAAAGGAUCACCGGCCUUUGGAAGCUGCUGCGGAGGACAUGGUGCAUCACGAAGAAGAAUCUCUUGUGAUUAUGAGCAAAUGGAGUCCAACAAUGAUCUUCAAUUCUCUCCUCAAUAACUCAUCAAUCCUUCAAGAACAUCAUCAAUUUGCAGAAUUUCAGUCCAUGGGAAAAUCCUGGGAGACCUACAACAAUUACGUGUAAUAAUCUUUUUAUGAUCUAUAUUGCUGCAAAAUUAUGAAUUGUGCACUACCCAUCAAAGUUUUUGUGUGUCAGCUGGAAUAAUAAAAUCAACACAAGCAAGUAUGUAGCAUGGAUGUAUUUCUUCUUUACUUUCCUUUUGGCAUGUAAUGUGGCAAGGUAUCUUCAAUUCCAUCAAAAACUUAUUGUUAUUAAUAUUUAUGUGAAUGAAUGAUUAAUGGUUGUAU